GGUGCAUUCGGUGUAUGUGUUUGAACAGGAUAUCAUCUAGCGCCAUUCACACUGCUCCCACAAGACUGGCUACAUAGACGGCAGACAGUCAUCAUCCAGCCCUCGUUCUCUCCUCCUCCCUUUCUCUUCCAAACCAGGCUCCACCUCUCACUUUCCCUCCCUCUCUUUUUUUACUCUCUCACUGUCUCCCUUUCACUCUGAGCCUCACACUUACAAAAAACCCACACAGACUCACUCAUACACUUCUUCCUCCUACUGUAUAUGAGUGCACCUUCUCGUCGGGGCGUGCAGAUUUGGAGCUGAAGUUGUGCUGCUGUUGCCAGUCAACUGACUCUGGACCAGAAAACUGGAAGAACCCUGUCUAACUGAUACAUUGCCAGAUCGAGCUCCCUCAGCAAAAGCAGAACUUGUCUUAACCCCUUCCUGGGAGUGUAAAGAGGACCCAGGGAAGACAGCGUGCUGCCAGCAUCUGCCUGGCUGCCCAUUAUCGCCACAAUGAAUGAGAGUCGAAGAGAAGCACUGGCGGCGCCAGCCACCACCGCCUCCUCCUCUGUGGCUGGCUCCAACACCACCAACGUGGCUGGUCCCGGGACUGGAGAGAAGGACGAGGCCUUCUCCAAGCUGAAGGACAAGUUUAUGAAUGAGCUGAACAAAAUCCCAUUGCCAUCAUGGGCCAUUGUCUCUAUUGCCUUUGUGGCGAUCAUCCUGGUGUUGGCUUGCUGCUUCUGCAUCUGCAAAAAAUGGAUAUUCAAGAAGAAAAACAAAAAGAAGGGCAAAGACAAGGGCAAAAACGCCAUCAACAUGAAGGAUGUCAAGGAUGGAGCCAAAACCGAGGCCUUGAAGGAUGAGGAGGAUGCUGAGACAGGGCUGACUGAAACGGAGAAAGAAGCCGAGCCUAAGGAGGACCAGAAACUGGGCAAAUUACAAUACUCCCUGGAUUACAAUUUCACAGAGAAUACGCUCAUAGUUGGAAUCAUCCAGGCGGCAGAGCUGCCUGCUAUGGACAUGGGUGGAACAUCUGACCCAUAUGUAAAGGUCUACUUGCUGCCCGAUAAGAAGAAGAAGUUUGAAACCAAGGUCCACAGGAAGACCCUGAAUCCUGUCUUCAAUGAGCAGUUUACGUUCAAGGUCCCUUAUGUAGAGCUUGGUGGGAAGACGCUGGUAAUGACGGUGUAUGAUUUUGACCGCUUUUCCAAACACGAUGCCAUCGGUGACAUCAAGGUGCCCAUGAACAAGGUGGACUUCAGUCACAUAACAGAGGAGUGGAGGGAUCUGCAGAGCGCUGAGAAGGAGGAGCAAGAGAAGCUUGGUGAUAUCUGUUUCUCCCUGCGAUAUGUGCCCACUGCUGGCAAACUGACUGUGGUCAUCCUCGAGGCCAAAAACCUGAAGAAAAUGGACGUGGGAGGCUUGUCAGAUCCGUAUGUGAAGAUCCACCUGAUGCAGAACGGCAAGAGGCUGAAGAAGAAGAAGACGACAAUCAAGAAGAACACCCUCAACCCUUACUACAACGAGUCCUUUAGCUUUGAAGUCCCAUUUGAACAAAUCCAGAAAGUGCAAAUUGUUAUAACUGUUCUGGACUAUGACAAGAUCGGCAAGAACGAUGCGAUCGGCAAGGUCUUUGUGGGCCUCAACAGCUCGGGGACGGAGCUGCGCCACUGGUCCGACAUGCUGGCCAACCCUCGGAGACCCAUCGCCCAGUGGCACGUCCUGAAGCCUGAGGAGGAGGUGGACGCUCAGCUGUCCACCAAGAAAUAGACAGGGCCCUUUCAGCACCUGCCUUGUAGUACUCUUUAGCCAGUAUGUGUAAAUACCUCAGUGAUAUAUGGGUCCAUCCAUGUAACCCCCGUACCACCCCCCCCACCCCCCCUUCAGCUCCCAGCCUCCUCCAGCUUUAUUGCACAUGAUUUAACACCCAGCCCAAAUUGUUCGAACUCCCUGCAAACUUCCACCCUCUGCUUUUUUUUCUAUCAGUUCCCAACUUCUGUCGCUUUCUCUUCUGUUUGGAUUUUGGUUUUCAUCGCCAUGACCUUAACUGCCCCCAACCAAAUGCCCCCUUCUUUUAAGCAAUAUGAUCUGUAUAGAUAGCGCAUGACUGAAAGAAUUUAUUGUACCACAGUUGUAUAUAUAAGUAUGCAGACAAAAAUGAUUUCUAGUUUAUGUGUUUGUAUGUUGUUACCCGUUUCCUAAUCUGUGUAUAUCUUGAUGUUUUUAAUAAGAUGUUCUAUUUUAAAUUAUGUAAAUGCAGAUAUAGAGGAAAGCCAAUAUUAUAUAUCCCAGGAUUUAAAAAUUCUACCUUAUUACCUUAUUGCAUUCCAGAAAAAAAAAAUUAUCCAACAAGCGAGAUGCUAGUGGAAAUAUAUUCACAUUGUAAAGGACGAUGUCUGGCUUUAAGUUCAACAGAGGAUUCAUCACAGAAAAGACAAACAGUUGAAUAUAUUCACACAAAGUCAAAAAUACAAGGCCAUUAACUGCUAUGGUUCUGUGGGAAAAAUUAUGCUGCUGGAAAUUAUACAAGCACAUGAUUUCUUACAACUUUUUGUACUUAUUUCUCAAUCAGAGGACCUAUAUGUUAAGCUUGAUGCACACUGGUAACACAAACAAUAUUCAAUGCAAACCAGUUAGUGUUUGAUUUCUCCAUAUUUGACCGAUUCUUCUGCGUGAAAUAGGUCCUCGUUUUACAGACCAUCGUUCACUCAAAGUGACUUGAUUUUAUUUUUCCAAAAAUGGCAAAUACUGCCUCGAAAAAUGAAUUUAUUAUACUUUUAGAAGCAGACCCCAUGUUAAAAAAAAUAAUAAUAAUAAAGCACCAAGCUGUAGCCAUUGUGUCCUUAAGCUCGUUUAACAAUAUUUUGUUACCUGCUUACUUUGAACAGCCUUGUUGUUGUUGGAAGUGUAUUGCAUUUCAGCCGAGGUCCGAUCUUUGAAAGGGAGCGAAAAAAAAAGAGAUUUGCGACUCCGGUUUAAAGAGGAAUAUUUUUAGAGCAAUUCAACGUCUUGACUAUUUUUAGUAAACUGCAUGAUUUUUUUUUACAAUCUUUACUAAAGGCUGGGGUGGGGGGAGAUCUACUGACACCAGGGGCUGUCUCUUCUGAUAAGAUCCCCUUGCCUUCAAUCAAGCUUAAACUUUGAGUCAAUGUAUAUGACUAUACGGACGGAGGUGAAGCGAGUUUCAAAACACUGCCAUUUCCGGGGAGGUGACUCAUGUAGAGACCCUCUCUCCAUGCACACUCCCACUUUGCUAGUGGUUGUAGCUUUGGUUUAUUGGGAACAAUGUCUUUGGCUGCAAUGGUGCCCUGAAUCGCAGUCUUUGCUUUGCGUUGCCUUCUCACAGUGACAAUAGAGCUAGCCAUGUUUUACUGCCAAUUUUACCUUUUAUGUGGCUGCUGUUUUGCACUGGAUGUCUUUGAACUAGUUUGUUGACUCCUUUACAAACCAUUUUUGGGGCGAUUGUGUGCUGGCUUUAUUUCAGGACACCUGUAGGGGAGCCAUCCCCCUGCACGAUCGGCUUACUUAAAAAAAAAAAAAGAACGUAAUGAAGACAAAUCACGUUUUAGCCAACAGUAGUUACAUCAGUUUUAUUUUUAUUGUUGGCGCUCGACUACAUCAAGAGAUUGCGAGACAACCGUAAAAGUUAAUGGUCUGCGUAGGCUACUAGUCCAUCAUGUCCUUUACUACGGGUCCAAUUAGGAAAGGAAUAAGUUUUAAUCCAUGAAAACCAUGAAGUCUCUUAUCUUGGAGGAACCUCUUGCAUAUACUCGAUGCUAGCUUCAGGAGGACUUUCUAAAUGUUUUCAAUGUUAUUGUGUAGUUGAUAGCACUAUUAUGAAAAAGCUACUUGUCAUUCCAUAGGAGUCUCUGAGGACUGCUUUGUGUAUCACUGUGACUGCCGUGUGUGCUUAGAGAUGUAGACUUAUCAGUAGGUAGCGAAACCAGUUUGUUCUGUAGUGAUGUCGUAGCGUUUUAAUGCCAUUUUCCUUCUACACGCAGAGAAAGAGAGAGCGUGGUGUCGCCGACUAAACAAAAAAAGAAAAAAAAACAUUCAAAGGAAAAACAAAAAAGGCGGGAUGUUUUAUCUAAGCACGAGUGGAUCGCUUCACACAGCAUUUUGUUGAGCACUGUGCAAUACUUGUAUGUUCAUCCCAUAGUUAACAUGGGUGGCAUUGCCCUGAGAAAAAGAUCGUAACCCUAGAAGAUGAUUCUAGUCCAGAGAGAUGUUUAUCCUUUCCAGUGAAAUGGUUAGGACACAGCACAUGUAGAUUCCGCUUAUAGGAUGGAGCUUGACACCUGUUGACCUCUGUUUAGGGUUCCCUCCAUUUUCGCAGGUUCGUUUCUCUUCUUGCACACAGUUCCAGCAUCAGAAGUUUCAGGGAGUAUUAGUUAAUAAAUACCAAUGAGAUUCUACAUUUUAACCCCCCGUCCAAAUACCAUGUAUAUAUUUACAUAAUCAUGUCAAAAAUGUAUAUCUAGAAUAAAUAUAAAGUGACAUGAAAAUGAUUAUUCUGCCGCAGAUAUCAUCCUAUCUACCUAUCAUCCAUACUAUAUCUCAUUGUAUUAUUUAUUCUUUUCAUUCUGAUUAUGUUCUAUGUGUUAACUGCCCUGUUGAUUAAAAACCCUUUUAUAUUUGAGAUGAAAACUCUGAAUGUACAGUAUGGACUGUGUUGGUGUAGAUUACUUUAAUCUUGAGAUUAGAUGUACUUGCACUUUUUGUUGGAAAAAAUAAGUAAUUUUGUUUAUAUUUUUUCAACUAUUACAAAUUUACUUCAUAACCCAAUGGGGGAAAAUCCCCCGCCCCCCGUCUGAUAACAUUCCAUACUUUAAUACAGCUGCAUUACCAAUCCCACCUCACACAAGGGAUUCUUUUAUUUGACAUGUUUUACUUGCGUAGAUUCAUGAAAUCCAGUACAGCUUCAGAUUUAAAUGGGAAAAAAAAAAAAAUUAAGAGUUAAAGCUCUGUAAAAAAUGUCAUGAGCAAUUUUGCAAAAUACUUUUAUUAACAGACUGAUUCGAUCAAAGCUGAAAGCAAUUCAGGCAGAAUUAUUGCUGAAAUAACACCUGUAUAAAUGAAUCAGGGAAUGAAGUAAUGGGUAGCAUUGCAGAAACUAUCAGAUUUUGAGGCGUGUGGAAAAACUACAAAGCAAAAGCCAUUACCUUUACAGCAAUGCAAUGCUACCCUUAUUACAAUUUCCUACCAAAGUAUGCAUGCAUAAUCAAACCCCCAAAUCUCCUUGUAAAAUACCUUACCAAGCUCUCUGUGCAACAAGGAACUUAUGAUUCUCUCCAGUGACACCAACAAAAAGCCACACUGACCUUUCAAAAACAAAGCUGUGUAAAGUAUUAGAAUCUGAUGCUGUAGAAAGAUCCUAGUUGCCUUUGUGUAUAUCAACUGCCUGCUUGAGUAUUUUGUGUGUGGAAAUUUUCUCUGUAAUCUUGUAGAACUGUUUGGGGUGUUUUUUCCUGCCAUAUUGCUCGCAGUGACAGCGAGCCGCUGACAGUUAUAUUUGCUGUGUAUACCUUCAUUUUUGACGAGGUGUUUUACAGUUUUGUUUCACUUUGUGUAGUGAUUAACUCUGUGGAGUUUUCUGACUGUUGUUAUAUAACUUCAUAUACACAAAUGAUCAAUAAAAAUGUUUUAUUUCCUGUUGA